GAGGUCGUCGUCGUCGCGUCGCCAGUUGCUAGUUUGCCGUGAGCGCUCGUGACGCGAGGACGUUCUGUGAACAGAGCAGCGGAGCCCGGAGGCUCUCCCAUCUCUCGCUGCGAGCGGCACAGGAAACGGGCGUGCAAGGCAGACAACGAUCGCGCGAACAGGUCAUUUUUCCGACGAACGGUCCCCCCCCCCGGCAGCCAGACGGGAGCAGCGGUGCGAAAGCCCCCACGAGAUAGUUUCUCUCUCUCGAACGACAGGCCGAGCACCGUACUACUACCUUCCGAAAACGUGGGACUGUCCGUUGCGAACCUGGACCCCCGUGUUCCUCGUUGACGGAAAGCAGUCAAGUGCGCGAGACGCGACUCGUACGAGUUGGGAAAAUCAGUCGACGUCCGUACGAUCGGAAUGCUCCGGGGUUCGGGCGAGCCAGCUGAUUGCGAAACCGUCUCACCGGUUUGAUGUACUUUGCGGGGAUUUCCCUGUGCACGUUUAUCGCGUCGUGACGUGGACACAGAGACGAGGCAGAGGGAGUGGGAGGAAAGACAGUGAUAAAGACAGCUGAGAAGACACGCGUGCGAGAGGGAGCGUGAGUGCAAAAAAAAAAAAGAAAGAAACACGGGACAACGUGACGGGAAAGGAGAACCGAGCCCGUUACGUUUCGGAGUGCGCGGAUACACUCUUCCGGUCAUUCCGGUUGCGCGCGGCGCCCGUUUUAAUCUCGCGCGGCGCCGACACCUGCUACCGCAACGACCAACUGCGCGGGCGGUUUUGUCGCGGAACUUUCGUGGCGCCGCCGUGUACCGCGCGCGCGGUGUGCGCGGGGUGAAAGCUUAAAGUUCACGAGCGCAAGGUGGAACGGAGUGCGCGGGCGCGCGCGCGCGCGACAUAAAGGAGGAUAGAGAGAGAGGGACAGAAAACGAAACACGAAACUCGCUCCGAGAAAGUUUACUCGCGACGUGCCGGUCGCCCCGGAAAGAACACCUCAUUUCCUACGCGCUCGCGCCGCGUGUCCAGAGGAAGCUGCCGCGAGAGCGGAAGCGAAAAAAGGAGACAGAAGAGGAAACGAAGAGGGAACGGGAGGGAGGAGAAAGAGAGCGCACUCAUCACCGCGUGCGCUCGUCUAUCGUUGUCAACCCCCGCGCCGCUCCCCUCCCCCCUCCGCCUUUGUGUUCCUCGUGAUCGCCGUUGUGCCUUCGGGUGGACGCUUAUGGCUCGCCAGUAGGAGGGAAAAACAGACGGAAGAGCGAAGGACAGAGAGACAGGAGGAGACAGGAGGACAGAGGCGGACAGUCGGAUAGAGACCGGCGAGGCAGAUAUUUCCCGCUCCGCGCAGGGGGGCAGAGAGGGCACCCCGGAGAACUGAAUAUGUCCGCCAAGCGAAAGGCCACUGCCAUCAUGCAGCACCACAAGGAGAACAUCUCGACCCCGGAGCCCACGGACAUACCCGAGGACGAUCACUACCCAAAUAAAAGAAAAAGACGAUCAAUGAUUCCACGAGAGAAGUGUGUAGAAGAAAUACAUGUACAUGACACCUACAUGUAUACAGACACGUACACAGACACCGACCGUUCCGAACGUUCAACGAGUUUGCCUGCAACCAAAUUCUUUUCGCUGGACGACAACGAGACUACUUGGGAAACAAUUUGGAAACGAAAACCAAAUCAGGAGGCGUUAUCUGCCUUACUUACGCAAGGCGCGCUCAUGAAAGACCCGGAUAAGCUGAAGUUGAUGCUGCUCGCGUGGAAUUACAAUCUCCAGGCGCAGGUACAGGCGCAGGCACAGGUCCAGGCUGCCAACGCGGCCCUCUCGCCAAAUAACUCGUCGACUACCACGGCUACCACCGUUGGCACACCAGUCACCAGCCAAUCGGCCAUUUCCACGGCAAACAACACCAUUAACAACUCUACACUCACAGAUUCACGGAACGGCUCCUCGGAAUUGGUGGACAUGCCACCGGUAACCGUGUCGAAUUUGAACGCCGUGACGGGCGUCGGUAGCGAGGACAUGGCCUCCUUGUGGGCAUCUUACGCCAUGAGUUACGCCAAGAAAGCGUCGCCGCCGGCGUCGUCGGCAACGCCCUCGCGGUCGGAUCGCGAGCGCGAGUCCAGUCCGCCCGGUGGCGAGGGGACAGGAAGCGCCCACGACGAGACCAGCAGUAGUGGUAACAAGGAAGACGAGGACGACGAUGAUAUAGACGCGGACGAAGGACUGGACCCGAGACACCAUGAUCCAGAACGUCUCAAGGCGUUCAACAUGUUCGUCAGGCUGUUCGUCGACGAGAACUUGGAUCGCAUCGUGCCGAUUUCGAAGCAGCCGAAGGAGAAGAUACAGGCAAUCAUCGAUAGUUGCACGAGACAGUUUCCCGAGUUUGCCGAGAGGGCCAGGAAGAGGAUCCGAACGUACCUGAAGAGCUGUCGAAGAAACAAACGCAGCAGAGAGGGCCCUUGGGACGCCGCCAGACCCACACCGGCACACUUGACCUCCGUGCAGGCCGAACAAAUACUGGCAACGGCCUGCGAAAACGAGAGCGACAAUGCAAAGCGCAUGAGAGUUGGUUUGGAGCCGGUGUCACAGCCCAUGCCAACUCUUCCUGCCGCCACGCAAACGGACGUUCGAUCAAGUUUAGAGCACUUCUCAACUACACCGGUUAAAUCACUUCCGUGCAAGAGGGAGGACACCCCUCCGGCAUCGUUAACGUCUCUGGCACCUCUGACCAGUUUGGCGAACUUACCGAACAACACUAUUGCCUCCACGCCGCUGUCGAUCGCAUCUGCGUCAAAGCUGCUCCCAACAGACAACAAGACUCUCCUGAGCCAAUCAACGAUAGUUAGUUCGACGGUGAAUGGUGUCGUCAGUGGCGGUGCACCGACGAUGUACAGACCCAACUUCAGCCAAGCGUUCCAGCGUGCCGGGCCCACAACGGUACCGCCGACCCUCUCAGCCGGGCUAUAUCCGACUCAAAGUUUUACGUCGAGUCUACUAAGCAACGGUAUACAAAGACCGACGGACCUCAGCAUGAAGAACCCACCGAAGCCUGCUCUGCUGAGUCAUAAACUAAACUCGAUGGAAUUGACCGCGGUGAAGCAACUGAUAGGUGGAUAUCGAGAAUCGGCCGCCUUCCUGCUUAGAUCCGCUGAUGAACUGGAGCAACUGUUGCUCCACCAACCAUAGAGCUACGUUUAUUUGGCCAGCGUUCGGCAGCUUGGCUCGUAGUCACAACGAUCGACGGGAAAGCAACGCGCGUAUUGAUACACAGCGCCUGUGUGAGCACCGAGAGUUACGUCAAGAGUCAGCGUGGAAUCCUCUCUUCAAGGCCGUUUAUGCCGCUACUCUGUCGGCAACUCCAUUGCGCUACACACGAACUUAUCAUUUGCUGUAAAACGCUCCGCUUGGACGAAACUAAACGCAUUCGAUCCAACUCUCUAAAAGUUAAUCAGUGGUUUAUCAUUGAGAAAUGUGAAUAUUCACUUAUUCGCAGCUAUAAUGCACUGAUUGACUCUUGGAGACUUUAAGGUUAUAAGUUUAAGUAUCAAAAUUUUGAAUUGACGAAACAAGUUUGAAAAUAAUUUGACAAAUCGAUAGAAGUUACUUUAAAAUGUAUAAAGAGAUUGUUUUUAACGGAAGCCGAGAGGCUACAAGCGCGACGAAAAAUUCACAGAGUUCUGCAGGAUUCUGCAAAAAUCCUGCCGAAUUUGAUCUUUAUGUGGAUACAUCAUAACAUCUCGUUUAGAAGAGUUCCAUGUACAUAAUGAAUAAUUACAUAUUUCAUUAUGCGCAUCGUCGCGAUAUUUCUAACUCCUAGGAUUAAGAAAACUAUUCGAACAGGGUGUAUAUAAAAAGAUAUUUACUUAAUUACUGAUAAGCUUACAGGAUGAUAAGGCGGCGAGCUAGGAUGCGUGCGCGAGUGAUGAAAGGAAGUCGAAAUGAGAAGAAGCUUCCGGACGACAAGUUAUUCGUGAGCGUGCGCUUAGUAUUUUCUAACGAGGAUGAAAACGUUCCGAAACUUCUUCUUUGCGGUCGGGUGAUGCGCUUGCAUUUUUUCCUACUCAGAUUCGUAAGCUUCGAAAAACCGUUCGUGAGAGCUCCAUAAAUCUACCGCAAGUAUAUUCAACCGUUUCAAUGACGGCCGACAAAAAGCUGUCGCGUGUUCUUACGAGACGGUAAUUUCGCUAAUAUGUUUGUUGUCGUUAUGUACAUAUGACGUAAAUGAUAUAUGACGAGAAUAGUUGCUCUCGUGCGUGAGAAAGCGCGAUUAAUUCACGCGGCGGAAUCGCGCCAUUUACUUCGACAGUGGCAUUUAUACAUCCGCAGGAUCCAUUCGAGAUGCAAAAAUGAUGUAAUAGAAUUUGAAUUUUACAGAGAUUAUCCAAAUUACUGAUUUCUCGCCAUUUUUGGAGCAAAUGGUGGAUCACAGCUGAAGAUUAUACGACAAACAUACGUGUAUAUAAAAAGAGAAUGCACGUUCGCGCAUUGAUACACGUGUAUAUAAUACGUAGGUUGCAAGAGACACGGGAUGGAUUUUUUUAUUGGCGACGCGUCAGAGGCCUCGUCAGUGGAGAUUAAUUAGUUAAAUAAUUAACGAUUACUGUACAACGUCGUCGUAAUGUAGUUAGAACCAGAGUCGUUUUGGAAGCGAAGGAGCGUAGUGAUCGAGAGUAUAAUUUCGGGACCAUCUUGUCACGAUCAGACAAUACGUUACAACCGUAUUCGUGGUCUCCGGACGCAUCACUGUGUUACCAAAGAACACUAAUUAUUAUGGGUAAUCAUAGUACUACUUAAGCGUCGCGUUCUUCUUCUUUCCGUUAUUCCUUUCAAACGACACUUCAUUUCAUGAAAGCGCGAAAUCAUUUUCUUCAUCGAUCAAUCACAUGAAGAUAAUAUACAUAAACGCCACUAUAUAUGUGGAUUACGUGAUAGACAGAACGUCAUUUCAGAUGUUGAGUUGACCUAUUACUCGUCUUAUUACCAUUAAAAUAUUGACUUUAUAUCACUAUGGCAUAUUAUUAUUAUUAUUAUUAUUAUUUUCUAUUAUUAUCAUCGUUACUACCAUCACGAUUAUUAGCCAUUGAUAUAAUUGUUCGUGAAUCGAAAAAUCGCGAGAAGGUAGGACGCGAGAUAUGAAUAGUUUAUUCUGUUCUCCAAUGUCAUUUUUCACGGAAAGUUUCCGCUCGUUAAGUCUACUUUGUCGUUGUUUUGUACAUAGUUUAUAAACAGAUAUAAAGAUGACGGAAAUUAAGUUGCUUAAGUAAUUAGAUACAAAGAGUAUAUAAAUAUAUAUGUAUAAGCAAAUGCAAGAUACUUUAUGCGAAUGCUGUCACCGUCGAACUUCAAGCGCAAAACAUUCCAAUGAACAAAAUGCAAACAGAAAUGUAGACCGGAAAAAGGGCGAAUAAGAAAAAUCUAGGAAAAUUUCAUUAAAAAAGUAAAAAUGAAGGAGAGAGAGAGAGAGAGAGAGAGAGAGAGAGAGAG